GCAGCUGCGGAGCGCGGGCGGGCGGACGGGGAGAGCUGCCGUUCCGCGCGGGUUUGGAGCGCGCCUGCUGCAGCCCGGAGCACCCAGACUCAAAGAUGUCCACAGCGGCAACCUGCCUCGUCCUCCUCACCAUCAUCUUCUCUGCUGAACCGCACAAAGGUUCCACCUUGAUAUUGAAGAAUGUAAAGGUUCUGCCUCUUGAAAAGGGCUUGAAAAUCCUCUGGGAAUCACCACAGGAUGUGUCCAAGAGACCUGUGGAUCAUUACAAAAUUGGUUAUGGUCAAACAUUGGAAAACAUCAAGUUCAUCAAAGUGGGGAAAAAUGAACAUUCUUAUAUUGUGGAGGAUAUUGAGCCAGGGGAAUUGCAUUUUUUGCUGGUGACAGCAGAAGGCCGCAUCAGAGGGAAAUAUCCAGUGUACAAAGCACAGAGUGCCACUGGGAGGAGAUUACCAGUAAGACCAAAGAAUCCGCUCAUGGGAACUUCUGAUGAUAAGUUUUCACGUCAGUUGAGAUCACCCCGUAACCCUCAAGUAAGAAGCUAUUUGCCUGGUUAUAGGAGCAGUGGCAGGAGAAUGAAAUAUGCACCAUAUCCACAAGAACAAAGACGACAUGCAAUUCAGAGAUUUGUUCCUGAUCCAGAGUCUAGAAUACCUUCACGUGCAAGGGGUGCCCUGGGACAGCGGGAAACUAUUUACAGAGCAGCCCCAGCAAAACGCAAAGUGCCAGAAACAAUUAAUUUGUCUGAGCCCAAAGACAUAACAGUUCGAGUUAUGAGUCCACAGUCUGUGCUUGUUAUGUGGGUUGAUCCUGACCUUGAAAGAGAAAAGAAUCCUGGCAUGGCCACAGACAGAUAUUACACCGUUAGGUACAGAGAAAGAGGAGAAUCUGCUAAAUGGGAAUACAAGAUAUCCAAGAUAUACAGGCGAGUUCUGAUUGACAAGCUGACAUCAGAUUCCAUACAUGAAUUCUCUGUUCGCACUUCUCAAGGAGACAUAGAUGGCAAAUGGAGUGUUUCAGUUUUCCAAAGAACCCCUGAGUCUGCUCCUUCUUCCAAUCCUGAGAACUUUGAGGUGAAGCCACUGGGUGAAACAGGAACAGCUGUUACUGCAUCCUGGGACCCUCCAAGUGAUCACAAGGGAAAGGUCACAGAAUACGUUGUUUCAUAUGCCCCGGCUCUCAAACCAUUUGGAGCAAAGACGGUUACUUUUACUGGGGAUGUUACAACUGCAAUAAUUGAGAACCUACAGCCUGGGGAGCGCUACGUUUUCAAAAUUAGAGCCGUAAACCGGAAAGGGCCAGGUCCUCAGUCUAAGGCCCUCAGUGUUGUUCUGCCAAAAUCUGACAACGUUGCUGCAACUUCACCUCGCAGGACCCAAAGCAAAUUUCAUAUUUCCCUUGUUUCUGAAUCGUCUUCAGCUUCCAAAUCCUCAUCUAAAAUGCCUUCAUCAUAUGUGCCAGCUUCUAAACACAUAUCCGUCUUCAGAUCAAACAUGAGAAAAUCUUCUGAUCCUCUUCCUGACUCAAAAUCGUCAUCUUCUCAUUCGUCUGGUUUUGAUAGUGAACCAGUUCAAACCAUGCAUUCAGCUUCUUCAUUAAUCUCUACGUCUCCCCCUUCAACACCGUUAAAAUAUUCAGCAACAAACCCGAGAAGCCAUGGUCAAAUGUUAAGCAGAACAAAGUCUAUCUCUUCUGAAUCCUCAUCCGACAGAAGUCAAAUUCAGCAAAGAACUCUAAAUUCCAAAGCAAGUUCCAAAACAGAAAUUAGUUUGCGCUCUUCAGCUGCUCUGAUACAAAAUGAAGCAAAAGAGCCAAGUCAUGAUGAGUACAGACUUUGGACUUCGUCCACUCUUCCCUCUUCCAAAUCUUCUCUGUAUUCAGAGGAAGAGGAAGAAGAGUUCAGUGUUGAAGAAGAAAAAGCUGAAGAGGAAAAUGAAAAGGAAGAGAGUCCAAUUUUAAUCAAAUUGCAGCAAUCCUCCCAUAAAUCCAUGCCAAACAGACAAGCUUUACAUUUACAGUCACCGAGGUCAUUCUCUGAAACUGAUGCUACUCUGAAACGGGCAAUAUCAGGAACAAGUUCAAAUUCACGUUCGUCUCGCAAAAAGGGACCUACAAUCUCUUUGACAUGGCCUACUCUACCGUUGAGAAAAGUUGGUCCUGAUCCAAAUAAAAAGCCCAUUUCUACAGCAUCUUCACGUUCAUCCACACAGAGAAAUCUUGUCUCUGGAUUUAAUUUUCUUAAUACCAGACAUACUUCUGGGGCUAAUAAGAGCUCAUUUGUUCCUUCUGUUUCUCCUGCCUCAUCCUCUUCUUCUACAUCCUCAGGAAGUAAUCACAGAUCUUCACAGACAGAUCCUGUGGUCCAUUCCAGUUCUAGCAAGGUAUUGUCUAGAGAUGAUAGAAAACAAAUUUCCAAUUCUGCUUCUGACUUCAAAUCAACCUCAUCCAGCAGUUCCUCUCAGCAUUUUCCAUCUUCAUCAACUAGGUUAUCUUCAGGAAAUUCAGGUCAAUUUUCACUGUUGGAUUCUCAUUCCCCUACUACCAAACUGUCAUCUGAGACCGAGAGAAAACCAUUUUCCUCUAGUGCUUCCACUCGGUCCCAAGGUUCUUCAUCAGUCCAGUCUUCCAUUUUAGAAGGCUCACGCUCGGUUUUGCCAAUGAAUCGCCUUCCUGCUUCCCCAUUUACUAAUGCUAGAGUGCCUGAUGGUAAACGUAGGGCACUUUCCUCUUUGGCACACUCGCGAUCUCCCGCUUCAUCAUCACUGUCGUCUUCCACUCAUUCUCAUUCAGUUGAACAAAUGUAUUCCUCAAUUCCCAAUGAGAAAAUUGUAGCAAUUCCUACAACACAAUCAGUUUCACCUUUAAUAUCUCAGUUUAUCCCUCCUUCGUCAUCUUCAAGAAACUCCAGACAACGGCCAUCUUCACUUCUAUCAGGCUCCAAAAGGACCGGAGGACGACAGCCCGUACCUCCAUCCUCAUCACACCUUUCGGUAUCACGUUCCCAUUCCCCACCUUCUACAUCUUCAAAUCGACAGCUUUCCCCAGGGUCACGGACACGGCUUCCUUCAAGAACAAAUAACAUUGGAGAACUUGUGCGUGCAGGAAGGUUUCGGCAGUUUCGGAAGACCAACCCUGAUCAAUGGAAAAAUAGGAGGCCAAACUUGACUGCUGAAAGAGAGAGUAAAGUUUCGUCAAGCAAAGCCAGUAAUGAAAAGGCAGCGGGGCGGCGGGUCAUCACAGGCCCUCAAGAUACUAAAUGGAUUGUGGACCUUGAUCGUGGAAUUUUGAUGAAUCCUGAAGGAAAAAUCCUCCAAGAUACAGAGGGAAAUCCACUUCGAGUACAAUUGGGAUCAGAUGGGCGUACAGUAUUAGAUGAGGAAGGAACCCCAAUUUUGAGUCCAGACGGAUUAGCUCUGUUUGGACAUGGGCGAGAUAGUAAGCCUUUAGAUGGCCCAAAAGAUAAGCCAGUUUUAUCUGUUGGAGGCAAACCUGUCGUUGGAUUUGUUUGGCAUUCAGAAACAACAGUUGUUCCGACUACAACCACCGCAGCGACGACGACAACCACCACAGCAACAACUACAACCACCGCAGCAACAACCACAACCACUGCAGCAACAACUACAACCACUACAGCAUUGACUACAACCACCACACCAGAACCAACUACAACUGAGUUAAUAACUGAACCCACAACUGUAGUUCCAACAUGCCCACCAGGCAGUAUUUUGAGACUGGAUGAAAAUGGUUAUCCUGUUCUGGGACCUGCUGGAAAAAUUGAAUGUGACACUGAAGAAGAAUCUUCAGGGAUGGGACCUGAUCUGAUGACAACAGCUUCCAUGGAAGAUAAAUUUCUGGAUUCUUUAGACAUUAUUGAAGGAUUUCAGCUAUUUACAACGGCAACACCUACAACAGCUGAGUCUCCAACAGAAACAGAGUUUGCUAGGCCAUUCAGUGCAAUUCCACAAUCCGAGUUUGAUGUGGCAGGAAAAAGACGAUUCACAGCUGCUCAUGUGAAUUAUAUCAGCAAAGAUCCAGAAGCUCCCUGCUCAUUGACGGAGGCACUGGAACACUUCCAAGUGGAUUCAUUGGUGGAUAUUAUUCCAGAAGACCUGAAGGGAAAGAACUUGCCACCUGAACAACCUCCACGCAACAUUACUGUUGUGGCUGUAGAAAGCUGCCAUUCCUUUAUAAUCCUUGACUGGGCGAAACCGCAGAAGAAUGAAUAUGUGACAGGUUACCUUGUUUAUAGUGCCUCUUAUGAUGACAUCUUGCAGGACAAUUGGUCAGCAAAGCCUACAGUAGGAAGCACACAUUUAGCUAUUGAAAAUCUGAAGCCAAACACAAGGUAUUAUUUUAAAAUUCAAGCAAAAAAUCCAUAUGGUUAUGGUCCCAUUAGUGAAGCCUUGUCUUUUGUUACUGAAUCAGAUGACCCACUGAUCAUUGUCAGACCACCUGGAGGCGAACCAAUCUGGAUUCCUUAUACAUUCAAGUAUGAGGCAUCUUCCAGCGAAUGCAUGGGAAAGCAGUAUGUGAAGCGCACUUGGUAUCGCAAGUUCGUUGGUGUGGUACUUUGCAACUCUCUGCGAUACAAGAUCUUCCUGUCUGAAGGACUGAGAGAUACGUUUUACAGCAUUGGUGAUGCUUGGGGAAAAGGGGAGGACCACUGCCAGUUUGUUGAUUCUUUCCUGGAGGGAAGGACAGGGACACAUGAAUAUCCUGCAUCUUUGCCUAUCAUCCCAGGUUAUUAUCGGAGUUAUCGUCAACAGCCGGUGUCAUUUGGCCUCAUUGGUGGAGUCGGGAAUUAUGGCGGGACAUCCAAUUACUAUGUAGGCUGGUAUGAAUGUGGAGUACCGAUCCCAGGGAGAUGGUAAUGAGCUAACUUCAUGGAAACUGCUUAUGAAGGAGUGGGCAACUCGUGCAUAAGGUGAAUUAACUAAGAGCUGGGAGAGCUCCUUCCAAAGAAAAUGGAGCAAUCAUCGAAUACUCAAGAUUUUUUCCCACAAUUUCAAACACUGUUUCUUCCGUAAUGUACUGGAAUAUAUAAGAUAUCCCUCUUUUAUAUCUGUAUAUAAAUAGAGCAUCCAGGCUUUUAAGUAAAAUGUGUCCAACACUAUUACACUCAAUUUUGGUGCUUCCAUUCUCUACCAGUAGGUAAGCAACUGCUGAUCAUAUCAACAAAUCUAAAUCUAGUCAUUGUGAAACAAAACAAUGUUCCAGCUGGGCAUUUGAGCAGCCUAAUUGAACUGCACUUAUAAGACAAAUAGUGUUUAAUACGUUAUUCUAUAUAAAUCUGUCAGUGCAUUACAGAAUUUUAUUGAGCUAUUAAAGAAAAAUGGUGCUUUAUAGAAUUUCAUUUUUUGACAGUCACAAUUGUUGAUCUUUUGAUUUUAUUCAUUGUCACAGACUGCUGUGCUUUAAAAUUAUAACAGAUUUUGUCAUCGCUUUAUACAAUUACUCAGCAUUGUUAUGUGACCUAUGCUUUUAAUAACGUUUUUAGUGUGAAAGUUAGCAAAUUAGAAUUGCCAAAUCCCGAAGGUAAAUCUUGCAUUGCUUUGUUUCCUGCAUGAUUUUUUCAUGCAGUUUUUCCAUAUAUGAUAGGCAGUGCAUUUUAUUGAAGGUCUAUGGUAGACUGUCAUAAAAUACAACUAAAUUAAGCAUGCACACAGCAGGUAAGGUCCAUAUCCACAUAAGUCAUGAGCUUAUUACAGAAGCACUUGAAUUUGACAUUUCAUCACUUCCUUUCUUUAGUAAUUUGAGAACAAAGUCAGAAAUGAAAAUUAAUUUCUACAUCACUGUACCAAUCUGCUCAAUGCUCAUUUUCGUUUGCACCUUACAGUAAACUAGCCGUUCACUAAAACGUUUUUAACAUCUGUAGAACAAAUUACCAUUCUUGUCUGAAAUAAAUGUGCUGGAUAGACAGGACUUGAAUUGCAAGCUGUGGCACCAGUGUAAAGGGAGCUUUGCAUAUUUUAUUCCUGGUGCAUAUUUUCAUAGUUGCACAGUAGUUUAAGAGGCUGUUUUUUGCGCAGGCGCAAUGAAAUUAUGCUGUUUUGAAAUGGCACAAAAUGGAGCUACAUAGUGAAAUGACAUCAGCUAUGGCUCCUUGUAUGGCAAACCAUUGCGCUGGCGCAAAAAUAAAUUGCUGUGUGUAAAAUUUAAUUCACUGUCCCAACAAGCAGCCUUAUUCAGUUAGAGUGUAGUCAACACUGAAGAAUGAAUUCAACCAUUUACAAGCUUUUCCAGCAUAACUUCCCACUUGGGAACCAUUAGAUCAGGGAAUUUAGCUUCUUGAAUCCUGAUGUGCCUCUUGUAUGUCUUUCAUUCUAUGAAGAUUUAAUAUGCAAAGUAAACACCUUUAAUAAUGAGAAGUCUUCUAAAAUAUGUAUAUUUUAUAGCUAAAAAUCCAAUUAGAAAACAUUUAUAAAUAGGAUUCAGAAAAUCUACACACAGGCUUUUUUGCUUUUCCAAUUUGUGCAUCUCAGGCAUUAAUGAAGAAAAGCAUUCAUUUGGCCAGGAUAUGUGCCAAAUAUGUUGUUAGAUUUUGCACUUGAAACAAAAACAUAUUUUGAAAAUGAGCAAAUCUGCUUAAAAUAGCAGUUUGGAUGUUAGGUCAAAAUAAAUGCUUCAAUUAUAAACUGCAUCAAGACAAUGAAUCUUUGGAAAUCAGCUCAUUACGUGGAUGCAGUCUAUGAUGUGUUUAAUAAGCAGCCCAUGUAUUCUUUUAGAAAUAUAUAUUGUCCUUUUGACUGUGAUGGUUGAAUGGAUUUCUUGCAAUUUAAACUUCAUUUUGCAUCACA